AUGGGGAUUUACUUUACAUCUCUUUGCCUCUUUCUCAUCAUCCUCAAUUUCUCUAUCUAUGUUGUUCUUUUGUUAGCAUCACCGACUCUUAUUCUCAAUCUCAUUCACGCCAACCAAAUACAUUCCCUAAAACAUCCACAUGUCUCUCGUAUCGAGGAAGCAUCCCUUGCGCAUCUAGAUUACUUGCAAGCCAAGGCAAGUGGAGAUAUCAUUGCACAUCUUCACCCUAACAUCCCGACAUCUUUCUUGGUGAAUAUAUCAAUAGGUAACCCACCGAUCAUGCAACUUCUCAACAUGGACACUGGCAGUGACCUUACGUGGCUACAAUGCACUCCUUGCACCAACUGUCUUCCCCAAAGCAUUCCCUUUUUUGACCCUUCACGGUCUUACACUUACCGCAACGAGUUCGAUUCUUGUAGAACCACUAAAUAUUCUAUGCCUAGUUUACGCUUCAAUGCGAAAACGAAAUUUUGUGAAUACUCUAUGAAAUACAUGGAUGGUACAUGGAGCAGAGGCACACUAGUUAAAGAAACCUUGACCUUUAAUACCAUCUACGGUGAGUUUUCGUCAGCUUCUUUACCUAACGUGGCUUUUGGUUGUGGCUAUGAUAAUUAUGGUGAACCGCAAUAUGUAACCGGUGUCCUUGGUUUAGGAUAUGGUAGACUUUCGUUGCUGCACCGAUUUGGUAAAAAGUUCUCAUGCUGUUUUGGUAGUCUAUACGAUCUUUCGUACCCUCAUAAUGUCUUAGUCAUAGGAGAUGAUGGCACAGACAUUUUGGGAGAUACAACACCGUUGGAGAUCGAAAACGGUUUGUAUUACAUUGGAAUUGAAGCCAUCAGUUUGGGCGGGAUAAUACUCCCCAUAGAUCCAUGGGUAUUCAAACGUAAUUACGAAACCGGUUCUCGCGGCGCAAUUAUAGAUACCGGAACCACAUUAACAUACCUGAUGGAGUGCUACAAUGGAGAUAUUGAGCGAGAUUUGGUUGAAUCUGGAUUCCCAAUUGUAACAUUUCACUUUUCAGAUGGAGCGGAGUUGUCAUUAGAUACGAAGAGUGUGUUCACGCAGAUGGAUAUACCGGGUGUUUUCUGCUUAACCGUGACCCCGAGCACUAGUGGCAAUUUGAGCAUCAUAGGUGCGUUGGCUCAACAAAAUUAUAACGUAGGAUAUGAUCUCAAAGCGAAGAAGGUUUCUUUUGAGAAUAUUGAUUGUGGUAUCCUGUUUGAUUACUGA